AUGUGGAAGUUUAUUUUGCAAAGUGCUUACAGUUUAGAUGACUUUGCUAUAUCUUUGCCUACUGAACAGAAGUGUUAUAUGAAUGAGAUUGUUUUUAAUGUGACUCAGGUUUCGAAACAUGCUUUAAAGAGUGCCUUGGAAGAUGUGGACACUGCUUCUAGAAAUGCACCCACUUCUGUUGUAUUGAGAAGUAAAAAAAAAGGAGCAAGAGAAGAGUCAAAAUUGGAUCAUGAGUCUGAAGCGGCUAAGGCCAAGGCCAAUGCAACCCUAUGGGAGGUGAGGUUGGGAGCCAUGGAGCAGUCCCGUGUUGAGUAUCGUCAAACAACACAUAAGCUCGCAGUAGCUAAUGAGGAGUUAAUUAAACAAAAUCGCCAACUGGAGAAAGAUACUGUGGAUGUAGUUGCCUUUUUGAAGAAGAAAGACAUUGAAAAAGACCAUCUGAUUGAAAAAAUGAAACAAGAAAUGCUAAAGGAGAAGCAAAAGGCUCAUGAAGAGAAAGAACUUAUGAUACAAGACUAUACCAGGCAACUGAGUGAAAUGGAUGAAAAACUGAAUAAGAAAGCAAAUGAAAUCCAAAUAAUUCAAGGAGAACUAAAGAUGUUGAAAGACUUUCGAAGAAAGAGAGCCCAGCUAUUAAAAGAACUGGAUGAUAUAAAGGACAGCAUGCAACUAGCCAAUAAUGAGCACAAGGAAACCAUUUACAGGAUGGAACACAAGUUCUUUGAAGAAAAGAUACGGCUAGAAAAAGAGGCUGAAGAAAAAAUCUCCCAGCUGGCUGAAAGAGCCCAUAAUGAAGCAAUUGUUAAACUGGAUGAAACAUCACGGUCAGUGUUUAAGGAGAACAUCCGUUUAAGAGAGGCACUUUCAUACCACAUGAAAGAGUCUACAGAGUCAAAAAAACUAAUACAGAAACUUCAGGAAAAAAACGAGGACCUUUCAGAAUACAAGGAAACAAAUGACCUUCUUGUGCAGCAAAAGGUCUCGGAUGCCCAGCAGCAGAAACAGCAGAUCCAAGAACUCCAAGCAAAGAUCGAUAGCCUGGAAAAAAACAUGAGUCACAUGACCCACGAGUAUCAGGUGGAGCUUCACAGGGGUCAGCAUCAAGCACUGAUGCAGACGGAAUCAAGUAGAGUAGAGCUUGACAAGCUUCAGAAGCUUCUAGAAAUGAAGGACCGAGAGAUGAACAGAGUUAAAAAACUAGCCAAGAACAUUCUGGACCAGCGGACAGAGGUUGAAACAUUCUUCUUAGAUUCCCUCAACCAAGUGAAACAAGAAAUACUUGCCAGUAGGCGUCAGUACAAGCAGGCAGCCCAGGCAGCAUAUCAGCAACGGAUGAGAGCUGCCAAUGCAGGCAAGGAAGACUUCCCUAAAAUCCGAACCUUCAGCAAUGGUGAGCACAGCACUAAUGAUGUUCACCAUGACCUGGAGCAGGCAGCAAAAUGGGCUAAUGUUAAGACUGGCAAAGUAGAUAUCAGUGAGCUGACCUGGGAACAAAGGGAACAGGUCCUGAGACUGCUGUUUGCUAAGAUGAAUGGUUUGAAAACCAGGAAACCAAGUCACGAUCUUCCACUUACGGCUCCUGAUGAGAACGGUCAUAAUAUGAAUGGUGUGGAAGAAACAUGUGUCCCAGAUGUUCCAGGAGACCAGACCUUCAUUACCCAACAAGUUAUAUUUUCAGAAACACCAGUGUACACUGGGAUGCUUCCAGAUAUCUCACAUUCAAGGCAUCUGGUAGAGUUAUCUACAAAUGGAACAGUCUCUUAAUGUGUUAGCAGAUGCCUCUGCAUCCUGAAGUUUACAGAAAAAUGAAGACCCAAGUAUUGUCCUUCUGUAUGAAAUUAUUACCUCAUGUCUGUCUUAACAUAUUAGCAGCUACUACUGCUGCCUGAAGUUUAAUUAAGACUAAAGUAACAUCCAUCUAUAUCAUAAAAGUGUUACCUUAUGUCUGUCAAAGAUAUAUAUAUAUA